AUUCUUUAGUCUCGAGACUUUCCUCUCUCUCACCUCUUUUUCUUCUCCUCUUCUCUUUUAUGCACCUUAUUGUCGUCACGAUCUCACCUUCUCGUUCCAAACAAAUUUUUUCCCCUGCUAGCUUAGAAAGUGAAGGAAACUGGAGGUAGGAAGACGAGGCUUUUGUGUCUCAUCUAUGGUGGCGUCCCUCCGAAGUGGAAUCUAGGGCGCGGCGGAAAGAAGGGGAAGUGAAAGGGGCGGAGGACUUUUGAGUUUUAUUGGCCGAGAGGCUAGGGCACGGUGUGAUUUGGUUCGAUCUCGGUGUGGAAGCUCGGGGAAUCAACUUAUUGCGUAGUGGUUUUGUGGUUGUGGGAUUUUGGAAACCUUAGAUUUGGGUCAGGGUUGUGUGGUUGGCUGAUUGAGCUAGGGGCGGGGCUGCCCUUGCGAUUGACUGGGUUUUCAUGCUGUCAAAACCACUGCCUUGGGAUCGUAAGUUCUUCUUCAAGGAGAGGAGAGGAAGCACGAGAGGUCGGAGUCUUUAAGUUUGCUGCAAGAUAGAGGACUCGCAUCAGGGUUCUUGGGAGUUUGCUCGCCGGAAUCGGCAGACUUGCGCCGUCCUACAGAAGCACGAGAGGUCUGAGUCUUUAGGUUAGCUGCAAGAUAGAGGGACUCGCAUCAGGUUCUUGGGAGUUUGCUCGCCGGGAUCGGUAGACUUUCGCCCCCCUACAGGUGAGUUAUGAAUCCGGGUUCUUGAUGAUUGUGAUGAAAUUCGUAGGUUUUGGUUUAAACCAAGAAUAAUAAUAGGGUUCUUAGAAAAUUGGAUCCGAGUCCUUUUUUAUUUUUUAUGAUUUGUUCUUUUUUGGUUUUUAAUUUUUAAUUUUUAGUUUAUUCUCUCCACGGGUCUGAUUCUUUGUUUUGGGGAAUUAGUUUUUGAUGAUGAUUCUUUCAUGGUUAUUGUAGAUCUGUUUUUUUUAGUCCAUUCGUUUGUUAAUGUGCUGUUUAGUUGUGCAGAAAUUGUAAUUAAAAAAACAGAUAGUUUUUUAAUCUUUUUAAGUCAAAUAAAACUACCUGUAAGAAAGUUCUAGGUUUUGAAUUUUUGAAGUUUCAUCGUGUUCUUUGGUAUUUUGAUUUACCAUGAACUUUUUUUACCUAUCAAAAAAAAAAAAAAAAAAAGGCUGGGCUAGAAAUUCAUAGACAUCAACUUGCUCAAAUCCAUGAUAGAAAACCCUAUCAAAGCCAAGGUAAAAAUCCUCUCCCUUCUCAUCCUACCAUUCAUCAAUUCAAUUAUUAUAAUGAUUUUUUUCAUGAAUAAAUGAACAGAAACAGAUAAGUAGCAAUUUUUAGUGAAAGAUAACCUUGAAAAUGGAAGUUUCUGAAUCUAGGCUUUGGACAAAAACAGUAUCACCAUGACCUCUUCUCUCUUUUGAACUUAAAGGUCUAAAUCAUGCAUAGACUGUUAUGUGCGACAUAUUUUUAUGGUGCCAAAAACCUUUAUCUUCCAAGAAUUAGUGCAUAACUAUCAUGAAAUUCAGCAAAAUAGAGUCUGACUUAAUCCACCUGAAAAUUCUAGAACUAGAGCUUUGUUUUGUCAUUGAGGCAUUUUCUAAUUCAUUACUGAAAAUUUUACAUUAUUAUUUAUUAGUACAGUAUCAACUAUCACACAAACUUGUAUUUGUCUCUUAGAAGGUUUGAAACCUCUAAUUGGUGAUACACUCCUUGUUGCAGGGACACUUUUCUUUGCCAUGAGCAAUGUUGGGAUAAAGCGUCCCUGUGAGUGUACCAUUGCCCAUGAUAUAUCACUGGAAAAUGUUUCAAGAAUGCAUGAGCUUUCAGAAGCCUUCCAUGCUAUUUCCUUAAGACACACAUGCCUCUUGUCUAUCUUGGAGCAGUUUAGUAAACUGAGUUCUAGGGCCGGCAUGGACACAUUGAAGAGACAUCUUCCUAUUUCUGGACCAGAGGGACUUAAUGAGCUAAGGAAAAUUGUUGAAAGGUUUGAGGAAAAGAUUUAUUCUACUGCCACAAGCCAGAUGUUGACAAUGGAAACAAAAUCUUUUAAUGCUACAACCAAUUCUCUGCCAUCCAACUCUGCUGGUCACAACAAAAAAUCCCCUAAUGACAAGAAAUCCCCUGCUAGGAAAAAGGCCCUCAGAUCCAGCUAGCUGUGGCCAAGUGUCACCAUCUUGCAUGGCCACGUGUCACUCCCGGAUUAGUCAAUAUGGGAUCAAAAUAGUGGAACUGAUGGACCAAUCAGAGGAAGACACCUGGAAAGUGAAGAACAUUCUGGAAUCAGGGGAGCGUAUCUUCUGUUAUGGGAAGGUUGCCAGCUGCAUGAGGGGGGAGUGGAGGCUGGCAGCUGCAGGGAGGUGGUCUUGGGCUCGGCCGUUAGAGAUAUUUUGAAGGAGAGACAGCUGGAGAAAAAAAAAAGGAUUGAGGGGUGUGGCCGGUUUGGAGGGUUUUUAGAGAGUAUUCCUUGAGCUUGAGUAUGAAGCUAGCUGCAAGGGAGAUUCCUUGAGCUUCAGAGGAGGAGGCUAUUCGUCUGAGGGGGGAGAGGAUAUUGUUUUUUUUUAGGGAAAUGAGAGAAGAUCCUUUCAGCUAAGGAAGGGAGCAGGCUGUUUGGCUUGGGAAGGACUUACAGAGGAGUUUAUUUAGUUGGAGAAGGAAGAUAUCCAGGGAGGACAGAGAGCAUGAGAGAGGAGGAAAGAAAGAUAUUAUGCUCUCGUAAUUGCUUGUCAUCAUCUUUUGUCCUAGCUUCUCCAUUUGUAUUGAAAGUGCAUUGCGUUAAAGAUAUGCUCUUCAAGUACACUCUCCACCAUUCACUUCUUUUUAGUUACAUAUGAAAUGUUUUGUGUGUACCAUACCAUGUUUGAUAUUGGCGUUGAGUGCCUUGAUGUUUGUUUGAUUUUUGCUGAUGAGAUGCAUGCUAUAUAUUUUGUUGUUUGAAUUAACUUCAGUAUCUUGUAAUAGCACUUUAAAUUGCAGUCCAGGUACGCAUCUUACUCUUCCUUUAUGGUCUAACUUGAAUUAUUUGUUUAGCAUGCUUAAUAUGUUAUUGGAAUUUAAGUAAUCACCAUUAGUCUUC